UGUCCGGUGUCAGCCGGAUCGGUCCGGUUUUUGCUGGCAGAGUCCGUGACCUGGGCCGUCAGUAUUGGGAGGUGCGCGAGGGAAGACGCUGCGGGCCGGCAGUGGCGACCGGCGCGACCGGGCGCAGAUACGACGCGUCUGUGUUUGUGAGAGGUCCGCGCAGGCCAGGGAUGUCGCCGGCAGUCUCGUGUCUAGUGGAUUUCACGGCGCCGAACCGGAGGAAGAAACGGGUUCGGUUUCAGGAUGAGCUGACAGCAUAUGACACGCUUACCUCCCCAUCCGAUCUUCAAACAAACGACGCCCUCGACGUGUCGCCGCGCCCGGCGGCGCUGCCCGAGGGGUCAGCAGAGACCGGCGACGGGUCGCUGACCUCAUACCCGGCCCAGACGAGUGCGUGGAUCACCAGGACGCCUCUCACGGCCACAUGGCACCUGCCCAGCCUGCCGGCCGCCGGCCAGGGAGAUGGUGUGAACGGAGAGGACCCAGCGGCCCAGACGUCUGGGUGGUGGGACCGCAAGGUGUCGUCCAUGUAUGUCUCUGCUCCACUGACGGUGCUGCCCUCUGUGCAGUGUCAGGACGCCGUCGAUAUUAUGCUGGAGGAGGGCCUUGACCAGCUGCCCGUGGUCAGCCAGCCGGGGGAGCUUGUUGGUAUUGUGACUCUGAGGUCACUAAUGACGUCACUAGCCGUCCAAAGGUCACUGCCGUCCACACCAGUCGGAGAGGUGAUGUGCCGCGAUCUGUGCACUCUGUCGCGUGAUCACACACUGCUCGAGCUGUCAAAAAAGCUGCAGCUCCACGGCUGUGCGCUCAUUGUGCACAGCCAGCGGCGUGUGACGGAGCAGGGGAAGGUAGCAAAUAAGAUGGUCGUGAUCGGUUUGGUGACCCCGACCGACCUACUGGGGUACAUCGUAAGGACCAGCCUAUCGGUGUAGUGGCCUGACCUGUGACCCGACCUGUGACCUCGACCGAAUCGACUGGAAGAACAGAAGUUUUUACCGUCAUGGACAUCGGAAAGUCAUUUCGAUCGCUGCCGGCUGCAUAAUUCAGUGUUUUAAACUGAUGUAUUUGUGACUUGAUCAUGUUGAGUAAUAAUAAUAUGGCAAUAUAAGCUACGAGACUUCUU